UUCUUAUGUUGGUCUCACUCAUCACGGGGCCAUAUUUUUCUAUACAUUCUAAAUCACAAUAUAGAACCGUUUUGUGUAUGUUUAUUAAAUAUAUUGAUAUAAUGAAUUGUUCUAAAUAAUAUAUACUUUUUUUGGAAAUGCAAAAAAAAUUUAAGUGCAAAAUUAGAAAAUUCCAAGGAGUCACUAAUAUUAAAUUUCCAAAUGGAGAAACAAAAAAACACUGUUCACGUUUCAAAGUUGUUUAUUUGUACAGCUGUCGACUGUAAAGAUGAUAUUGAGGAGAAAUUUGAACGUUCCUAUUGCCAUUUGCAGCAGCAAGUUGGAGGACUUAGUGAUAAGGACAUGCACGACUUAUUAUCCCAACUCGUAUGCAAAGAUAAACAACACGAAGAGAUUUCGAUCGGAUUUUUGUACAUCAUUUUAACCGAUCCGGCUAUGGCACCUAAAACCUAUCGGGACGUAACUCUCGUUUCUAGGGACGGAAUGAAUGUGAUUGUUGCUAAUCUUACCUUAUUGGUGGCUGAGAAGUAUGCCAAGCUAACAGAAAUAGCUCGCAGGCAAUUAAUUUGGGUGCUGCGCGAGUUUGUCAAGCAUCAAGUUCUCAGUGUCGAAAACGUAAUCUGGAAUUGUUUGCGUCAAGCAGGUGGCGGUGACGCUUCUCACAAAAAUUUAUUUCUCAUUGAAAGCCUUUUGGAUAUAUUCAUCGAGUACAGAACUUGGCUAGAAGGAAACCCAUUUCUGGUUCAAUCUGCUGUUUACAGCUAUGUACGCCUUAUUGAAGACCACGCUAAUCCUGCUCUUAUGGCUCUUCGUCAAAAAGAAGUGAAGUUUACUAUAUCACUUAUUCGGGAUCGAUUUCAAGACAUAAUACCUUUAGGAAGAGAUUUUGUGCGUCUCUUACAGAACGUAGCCCGCAUUCCAGAAUUUGAACAACUAUGGCGCGAUAUUCUUUAUAAUCCAAAAACCUUACACCCAACUUUUAAUGGUAUUUGGCACUUAUUACAAAUCCGAACGAGUCGAAGAUUUUUGCAAUGUCGCCUUUUGCCAGAGAUGGAACGUAAAAUAAGCUUUUUGGCCUCAUCUGUGAAGUUUGGAAAUCAAAAAAGAUACCAGGAUUGGUUUCAGGAAAAAUAUUUCGCAACACCUGAGUCUCAUAGCUUACGCUCAGAUCUAAUAAGGUUUAUUAUAAAUGUAAUCCAUCCAACUAACGAUAUGUUAUGUUCCGAUAUUAUUCCUCGUUGGGCAAUUAUUGGCUGGCUCAUCUCGUCAUGCACAAACCCGAUAGCUUCUGCCAAUGCUAAGUUAUCAUUAUUUUAUGAUUGGCUGUUUUUUGAUCCCACCAAAGAUAACAUUAUGAACAUAGAACCCGGAAUUCUUGUAAUGUAUCACUCCAUCAGAAAUCAUCCAUUUGUCAGCAGCACGCUUUUGGAUUUUCUUUGUCGCAUUACCAAAAAUUUUUAUGUUAAUUAUGAAGACAAAAUACGGAUGGGCGUGUACAAUUCCUUAAAACUUAUCCUUGACAAACAGGUUAUACCAAACUUGCAACCUCUUUUUGAAUCACCAAAACUCGACAGAGAACUACGUAACUUAAUAAGAGAAAACUUUCGGGAAUUUAUGUCACCCAGUACAAAUAUAAGUCAAACAAUUUAUUCAUCUCCCACAUCAAUUCCCUCAUCCGUUUGUAAAAAAGAGUCUGAACAGAGAAUAUUUCAUGAAUACAUAGAUUUAGUUGGAUCAGGUUUAUCUCAUAGCGGUUCUUCGAUUUCUACAGUAGAUCAGGAAAACAAUGAACCCAUGUUACCGGGUCAAGAAAAUGAAAGUGUCUUCAGUGAUUCUGACAUCGAUAAUCUAAGGGUCAUGAAUAAAAAUGAAGAAAAUACAGAUGACGAUGAUGAUUUACCACUCUCAAAGGUUCGAUUAAAAGAAAAGCCAAAAGUUGAGUUGUCUGAAGCAAUAGCUGAAUCAUUUGAAGCAUUUCUUACGAAGCGAAACUCAUUUACGUGGGAGGAAUUUCUUAAAGAUUUUCGCUCUUUACCAGCGUCUGCAUUUGAGGAUUUUCAGCUAACGUAUGUCUUAUCGAAUUCGCUAAUAAUUCUGCGCGAAACUCUUCCACAGCAUAAUAUGUUCUCUGAAAGUAAAACCGACGAAAAGUAUUUAGCUAAGAGUAUAAGCUAUCCUCUUUAUGGGUUAUUUCGCUUCCUUUAUGAGAAUGAUGAGAAAAGCAAAAAGCCAUUUCAAACUUUAAUGUCGGAAAUAUGCGAAAAUAUUCCCGAAACCGGAUACUUGCUUUUAUACUUUAUGAAAAUAUAUUGUAAGCUUCAAACACGAAAAAAUUCUCAACAAUCCUAUCAAUUUAAAUCAACAAUUUACCGACAAAUAUGCGAUGCAACAGAUGAAAAAAUUUGUAAUUGUUUAAUUCGAGACCUAGAUUUACUCGAAAAGGAAAAUACAAAUAUAUACUUGUGGCUCCUUCCAGAUAUAUAUAGAGAAUUUAAGUCUAUAGCUAUUAAUAACACUGAUCUGUUAAGAAUAACUUUAAGAUGCAUAGAUGCCAAAAAUUUGCGGGAUAUAAUAUAUUCAGUGGCUCAAGGCAAACUUACAUUAUUCAAACACGACGGGCUUAUUGAUUGUAUUAGAGAAAGUUUUGAGUUUGAAACAUAUGAACAAUUUUGUUUAUGGAAACUUAUUCAAGCACAUGAUGUUCCUCUUAAAUGUAUCCAGGAUUUAUUGCCUGAGUUAGAAUCUGCAAAUCACCCAGAAGCACUAAGCAAUUUUCUAUUACUUUUAAAAAAUGAAGAACCAACCAUUGAAUUAAUACGACUCAUUCUAAGCAGAGACCCAAAAUCUAAAGGCGAUCCAUUUGUUACCUCUGCCUUAAGAUUUUGGUGCCAACAAUAUGAAGAAAAGCUUUCUGAAAUUAUUGCUUCACUGCUAACAUCAAAAUAUCCUAAUUCUUCUCCGAACAAGAGGAAAAGACCAUCUAAAAGUAGCUUGACUACGAAUAACACCCCUUCUGCUGACCAAGUAUUAAACCAUCUAGAAUAUUUUAGAAGAAGCUGUAGGCACGGAACAGGCACAGGACUUUAUGUUCACGAUAUGAUGCAACGUGCAUUGCAGUUAGCUUAUUCCCACAGUAAUGAAAGCACAAAGAAACAAUUUUGUGAUCUUUUUGCAUUGGCUGCCGAAGAUGAAACCGCAGCUGUUGGUCGUCGGGGAGCUAGUGGACGUGGGCGUAAACAGCCUAUCAGCAAGAAAGAAGCGAAUAAUCACAGCACAACAAAUAAAAAAAAUAACGAAAUCGUUAAAACAAUAUAUUCAUCGGAUGAUAACUCCAGUGAGGAGGAUUGGUCGAAACCAAAAAUUGUUCAAGCAGCAAAAAAAAGAAAAAAAACUGUUAAUGAUUCUGAAUGACAGUUCAAAUAUCAGUUGAUAAAUUCCUGCUUUGACGAAGAGAAUCAAAUUAAAUCGACAAUUACGACAUGGUUUAAGAAUUUGUAAAUGAAUAAAAAUAAUCAGGAUACAAUUGUCAAAUUUUUUUUUCAUGUUGAAAAUGUAACGUUAUAUAUUAUUUUUUGUAGAGUAAAUAAAAUCUAAUAUAUUGAA